AUGGCAAAACGCCGUCUCAACGCAGUUAGUGGCCACAUCGCCCGACGACGAGGAGAAUAUCUGGGAGACCCGUCGUACCAAUCAUUCGCUGAGACGAUCAUCGCUCACAUUGAAAUCCGGAAGUCUUCGAUUCGGAUGCGCAAGGGCAUCACGGCGACUUCUGAUUUCCAACAUGGUGAAUACCCAGCUGUCUCAGUUGUAAAGCUGGCCAGGCAGGUCUCUCCGCACGUCUUUGAUACCACGAGGAAGUACACCUACGUGCCGAUAGCACCAACACAACGUUCAAACCAAAUGACUUUGAGGCUACCACCGAAGGACUACGCCCUGCGACUCCUCGCCCUGCUGGAAGCAUGCCUUGACUUUCUGGCAUAUUCCUUUGUCCGGCAGUCCUUGCGGCAAAGAAUCAUGGAUAUGUACGAGCAUCCUCACAAACCAGAACAUAAGAACCGGAAUUGGCUCUGUAAAGUUCUGUCUCUGCUCGCAAUUGGAGAACUUUACGGAUCAGAGGCAGGACAUCAUGGCGUUGGCUCUUCAAAGCGCCCUGAAGUUUGGACCACCUCCGAUACAAGUGCUCAACCCAACAGCGUGGAUCCUCCAGGCGUUGAAUACUUCCGAGAUGCCGUCGAACUGCUUCCAAAGCUGGACGAAGAGCCUUCUCUGGAGUUUAUCGAAGCUCUCUGCCUUUUGGCGUAUUACUCACACUCUUUGAACCGCCAGAACGAAGCGUACAGGUAUAUCGGCCUGGCACUUCGCACAUCUCUAAUCAUGGGAAUUCAUAAAAGUCCGUCCGGAGAAGCAGCUACAUUUCUGCAUCCAACCGCCAAAGCUCCAACCACCGGCAUCGGACGUGAGGGAGUCAAUCGCCUUUGGUGGACGGUGUAUUUUUUGAAUCAACUCUUGAGCUCCAAAGUGGGCCUUCCUCUGGGAAUCUCGGAUUCCGACAUAACAGCAGAGCCUCCGGGGAGUAUCUCCCUUAGCGAGGAAGAAGAACUCGAGUUCUACCCAGCACGCACUUUUGUGAUUAAUUUGGAACUGCUGAAGCUUCGACACCAGAUGACAACAUCGUUGUACGAGUACAUGAAAACACAGAACAUUACUUACGACGAGCUGGUCGACCCAAAAGGUGGGCCUCUGGUUUGUCAGGUUCUGGAAUAUCAUUCCAAGCUCGUGUACUGGGAACAUAAUCUCCCGGAAGAUCUGAAAAUAUGCAUUCAUCGCGACGGCACUGUCUCAGGACUGACAAGGUCAAUCGCUACGCUCUAUCUAUGCUACUAUCAGGUCGCCACCGUCGUCCUCCGGCCCAUUCUUGACCUCGUGUUCAAUCACCUUCUGGCUCGACUCAGCGAACAGACUGGGCAGAGCCUUGGGAUGGGAGCGGCUGAUCUGUGUUUGCCAUUGUCCCAGCAAGUACAAAAGGUUUGCGAACAGACGGUCGCCGACGCGUGCAACAUGAUCAAAGUAUUGACCUGGCUGUUCAACGAGAAUUUGAUCGGUAUGCUUCUCCACGACUUGUUCACGGGGCCUUUCAAACACUGA